AUGGCCAUGGCUGAGCGGCCUCGGCCUGGGUGGGCCUCAUAUCACAACCCCAACACCAACAACUGCCAGGACCUGGGCAAUUCCAUCCUGUUGCUGCUCGGCCUCAUCAUCUGCAUUAACAUUGGCAUCAAUAUGGUGACCCUGCUCUGGAGCCGACUCCGUGGCAUCUUACACAAAGUGUUCCAUCGUAUCAUUUGUGAGAAAGAAGCUCCACAGUCACGCUCAGCUGGGAAGCAGAUCCAGCCCUCGAAGAAGCAGAGCUCCCCUGCAGUCCACCUUCGAUGCACCAUGGACCCUGUGAAAAUGACCGUGACCCCCCCUCCCACUCACCGCCAUCGCCAUCGAGGCUCUCCAACACGCCGUGCCCACCGCCCAGUGGCUUGGGCCCCUGACACUGAUGAUGAGAAACCCCAACAUCAGUACCCAGCAAUCUGCUCCUACCACUGCGAUGGCCCCGAGGACUGGGAAGGCUUCCAGCCCACCCAGGAGACCUGGGCUCCCUGGACUGAGGACACUCCAGAGGUGUCUCCCCAGACCAUCCGCUUCCAGCCGAUGGCAGAAGAAAGGCCCCUCAGAACAGAGAUCCGGUCAGAGCUGGGUCUGGAGGCCUAUGUGUACCCUGUGAACCCCCCAGCUCCCAGCCCUGAGGCCCCCUGCCACAAGAACAGUGGGGCAGUGGCAGAAGUGGAGGCUCAGUUCCAACCUGCCCCCCCACCUGUCCUGGGCCCAGCAGUCAUCCCCGAAUUCCCCCAGCACCGCUCCUCAGGCCGAAUAGUGUAUGAUGCCCGGGACGUGAGGCGGCGACUUCGGGAACUGACCCGGGAGGUGGAGGCCCUGUCCCACUGUUACCCUCUGGCCUCCGGAUCUAGCACUGCUGAGGGGACAGGCAAAGACUGGGUGUACUGUUCUCUGAAUGGGAGGUGA